AUGUCCCUCAUGGCCCUUUGGAGGAAUACCCCGACGGCCAUCCCGCGCGAAGUCGGAGCUGCCCCGACCAGGCCCGUCGGUACCUGUGGUCAGGGACAAACAUUUUUUUGGAGAACCGAACCCUCAAUCUCAGAGACGAGCUUCAUUUUCCAUCCCCUUUGCCUUAGACAAAAGCUUCAAUUGAUCUCUCUUCCUCUCAAUCCAUCUCUCACCCUCUCCAAUUCCGUUCUCCGUGUGCUCUACGCUCCUGUACCACCAUCAAUCAUGCUCUCCACUCUCAGACCAGCCGCUCGUUCGGCCCUGAGACAACGCUCCACUACGGCGCAGGCUGUCCGUGUCGUCAACGCAUCAACAUGGGCAAAUGUCAAGGAAGGCCCUCCUGACGCUAUUCUGGGUAUCACCGAGGCUUUCAAGAAAGACUCGUUCCCAGAGAAGAUCAACCUUGGUGUUGGCGCUUACCGCGACGACCAAGGCAAGCCCUACGUGCUCCCUUCCGUCCGCGCGGCCGAAGAAAAAGUAGUCUCUAGCAAACUCGAUAAGGAAUAUGCCGGCAUCACCGGCGUGCCUAGCUUCACCAAAGCCGCCGCCCUCCUCGCCUACGGUCCUGACAGCAAACCCAUCAAAGAAGACCGCGUCGCCAUCACCCAAUCCAUCUCCGGAACCGGCGCUCUGCGAAUAGGCGGUGCCUUCCUGCAACGCUUCUACCCCGGCGCGAAGACGAUCUACAUUCCCACACCUUCCUGGGCAAACCACAAGGCCGUCUUCACUGACUCGGGCCUCGAAGUUAAGAAUUACACAUACUACAACAAGGACACGAUAGGGCUAGACUUUGACGGAAUGAUCAAAGACUUCAAGUCCAUGCCCGAGGGAAGCUUGAUCCUCCUGCAUGCCUGCGCCCACAACCCAACGGGCAUCGACCCCACGCCCGAGCAGUGGCGGCAAAUCAGCGAUGCGAUGAAGGAAAAGUCGCACUACCCCUUCUUCGACAUGGCAUACCAGGGCUUCGCGUCAGGCGAUACAGACAAGGACGCCUUCCCGAUCCGCCUGUUCGUCGAGCAGGGUCAUGGCUUCGUGUUGGCGCAGAGCUUCGCCAAAAACAUGGGCCUGUACGGCGAGCGGGUUGGUGCGUUCAGCGUCGUGUGCGACUCCGCCGAAGAGAAGAAGCGCGUCGACUCCCAGAUCAAGAUCCUCGUGCGUCCGUUGUACUCGAACCCACCCGUCCACGGCGCUCGGAUUGCCAGCGAGAUCCUAAACGACUCCAAGCUCAAUCAGCAGUGGCUCGGCGAGGUUAAGGGCAUGGCGGACCGGAUCAUCGAGAUGAGGGCCCUGCUCAAGAAGAACCUUGAAGAGUUGGGAUCGAAACAUAACUGGGAUCACAUCACGAACCAGAUCGGCAUGUUCGCCUACACCGGCCUCAAGCCUGAACAGAUGGAGACUUUGGCCAAAGAACACUCCGUCUACGCCACCAAGGACGGCCGUAUCUCUGUGGCUGGCAUCACCACUGGCAACGUCAAGAGACUAGCCGAGUCCAUCUUCAAAGUCACCGGAUAG